AUGCACGACGCUAGUAGGAAGAUGAAUUUCUCGUCCUACUUCUUCUCCUCAUCCUCCUCGUCCUCCUCCUCGUCGGACAAGAAGUCGUCAUCUUCCAAGCGCCGGCAGCAGGCGGCGCAGCAGCAGCCGGACUCCAACCCGACGCGGUACCUCGGGGUGCGUCGGCGGCCGUGGGGCCGGUACGCGGCGGAGAUCCGCGACCCGGCCACCAAGGACCGCCACUGGCUCGGCACCUUUGACACGGCGGAGGAGGCCGCCGUCGCCUACGACCGCGCCGCGCGCUCCCUCCGCGGCGUCCGCGCCCGCACCAACUUCGCCUAUCCCGAUCUUCCCCCGGGCUCGUCCAUCACCCCCUACCUCUCCCCCGACCUCACCUCCGACGACAACGCCGUGCAGCUCCUUCAGCCUUUCUACGCCGACCCCGUCCCGCCCCUGCCGACGCAUCAGCCCGCGGCUGGUGGCGGCGGCCAGGACGUCGGCAGUGAGUACCUCUACGGCGGUGCCCCUGACAUGUCUUCGCUGAUGGACGACAUCGCCAUGCCCGACGACCUGCCCAUGAUCGACGGCGGCGGCGACAUGGACUUCUCCAUGUAUGGCGUCGGCGGCAACGGCGCCAAUGCCGCAGGCGGCGGCGGGUGGUGCGACGCGUCCGAGCUGGGAGCAUACUCCUCCACGCCGGGUGGCGGCCACGGGGUGUACUUCGAGGAAGGGUACGUGCACAGCCCGCUCUUCUCGCCGAUGCCGGCCGCCGAUGACGCCGGUGCCGACGGGUUCCAGCUCGGGGGCUCGUCGUCUUCCUACUACUACUGA